CGUCACAUGUGCAUGCACUCUGAAAGGUUAUAUCAUGCACUAUCAGAGCGUGAGAAAUAUUCGACUUGCCGGUAUUCACUUCUCAAUUCUCACAUUGAAGCGAAUAGCUUUUUCCUGUGCCUAGCUAUUUACACGUGUAGUUCAACAGAACAAAACGCUAUUGCCAAGAUGUCUUCAGUUGACUAUGACGAGUAUGAGUCUACAUUUAUGCGUAAGGCAAAAGAAAAUCCAUUUGUUCCAGUGGGAAUGGCUGGAUUCUUUGCUAUUGUGGGGUACAGACUUUUGAAAAUGAAAAAUCGUGGAGAUGUGAAGAUGUCAGUACACCUCAUCCACAUGCGUGUAGCAGCUCAAGGAUUUGUGGUGGGAGCUAUGACCAUUGGUGUCCUCUAUUCCAUGUACAAAGAUUACAUUGUAAAACCCAGAGAAGAACAGAAGGCUUUAACACACAAAUGAAUAUAAUCUUUGUAUGUCCCUUAAUAUUACCUCAUAUUAACCCUUGUGUUAUCUUCGGGUCAUUCUGAGCCAUCAGUCAUCGUGACCCACCGUCGUAUUGCGACAACUUUACCGCAUACAAGAACAAAGUGAGGAAUUUUCUUUUAACCGUCGGGCUGUCUCAGACCCCCCACAUUGCGAAGGUUAAAAGAAAAUGCUAUUUAUUUGUUUUUGUAUUGGGUAGAAUUGGGUAAACACAACGUUGGUUCGUUGUGAACCUUUGGGUCAUGUGACCCGAAGGCAGCACAAGGGUUAAGGUGUUAAAGUAUUGUUAAUUUAUUACAUAUUUGCCAUAAUUUGUAUAUGGAAAUAUCUUUUCUUGGACACCCCAUAUGUAAAUGAGCAAUGGACAGUUUUAACAUUGUCUUUUGUGCUCGGGUUGGGGUAGAUAGAUUUUUUAGUUUCUUUUUUUGGUUACUCUCUGGUUUACUUUUCUGAUUGUCAACGUUAAAUGGUUUUAAAAUCGUUUAUAUUUAUUUCACAUUAUUAUCAGUGGCUUUAAGAGUAUGUGACAAUUUAGAGUUACACUCAACAUUUGCACUCUACCUAUACCCACUACCUAAAAGCUACAUUUCAAACAGAUUUGAAUUUAAUUGUUACUAUUUUCAUGUAGUCUUUUCAUUAUGUCUGGGUGUUAGAGUGUUGAUUUUAAGAAAGUGACUUUUGUAAGUUCAAUGAAAUGUAGGAGUAAGUAGGCCUUGACAAGUGUUGCACAGAAACAGUCAGUAAGGUAAUAACGUGAAGCUCAGAUUCAUUGUGUGCUGGUGGAAUGCAAUAAAAGGAUUAAUGAAAAUGCAAA